GAAGAAGAAAGGCAGGCCAGAGGAAGCGUAUUCUCAGAUCGCCUGUGGAGCCGUAAGUCGGGUGAUCGGCCAGGCACCUUUCAGUUAAAGUCGUACUCUAUGGCCUGGGUGGGAAGCGGUAUCCGAUGUCUAAGUCCCAAUGCAAAGGCAUGGCAGUUGUGCGACGCCACCGAGGCGGCGGGAAUGAGUUCGAGGAAAGGUAUCCACGCCAGCCUCGAACUUGAAGAAGCAGCUCGGCGCAACUGCACCCUACAGGACAACGACGACAAGCUCUACAGCAAGAGGCAGUUUCUUCGACGACAAACGGACAGACUCGUCAAGCAAAUCUCGACAAUGUCGUACCGCGAUUUCGUUGAAUCCAGCACAAAGGUCAUGGCAGGAACCUAUGGCUUGGCUCGAGUGGGCGCCCGUUGGGACUCGGCACAACCACGAGUUCACAUGCCUGAUCUCAAGGACCCAUUGACCCACGAAGUCUGCAGCGCCCCCCAAGACAAGGUCCGUUGUCUCACCAAUUCGAUCUGGCCCAAGACCAGUACCGGACCAACGGCACCAGUACAAAACUGUCCACCACUCGAUCCCGCUCGAAUACAGUACUCCUCUCCACAGCAACUCGACUGCGAAGAGAUUUAUGAGCUGAUCUCCGGUAUCCCUAGCGGAAAGGCCGAAGGACCGGACGGGAUUGCUGGUGAGGCUCUCAAGAUGCUGCAUGUUUCAAGAGAUGAGCAAGAACCCGAAACGCAGUUCAAACGGUCCAGGACUGUCAUAGUCGAAAAGGCGGACAAGCCAACGUACGAAACACCGAAGAGCUGGCGUCCUCUCGCCUUGUUAUCCUGCAUGGGCAAGGUUGUAGUAAAGGCCAUGUCGAAUCGCUUGACGAUACUCUCCCUUGAGCACCGCCUUGUCCCUUACAAUCAGUUCGGAUUCGCACGACGGUCUACGACAAAAGCGCUCGAGUUGAUUCUGAAUCGCGUCUACCGAUGCUGGAACGCCAGCCCGCGCAUGUUUGCAACGCUCAUGACCAUUGACAUGACUGGCGCCUUCGAUCAUGUCGAUCGAGAGGUUCUCCUCAACAUCUUGGUUCGGAAAGGUGUCCCUGACUGGAUGGUUCUGUACAUCUCUUCAUUUCUUUCUGAUCGACGCGUUGCCCUGUCUAUUCCAGGAUACACAUCAGAGGAGUUCUGGGUCAACAUUGGCAUUCCCCAGGGCAGUCCUCUUUCGCCUGUCCUCUUCGCCUUGUUCUCCUCUCUUAUACUGGACGAACUCAACAAGAUCUGGCCGUCGAGUCCAUUCUUCCAAGCCAUGUCGUACGUUGACGACACUUGCAUGGUGGUCACCUCACCCUCCUACGAGGAAAACUGCAGAAUCUUGACAACGGCCUUUACCGACCUGAUUGCCGCUACCGCGCCGCAUGGCAUUGCCUUUGGCCCUUCCAAGACACAUAUCAUGCAUUUUCAGAAUCCGCACAGGGAUACUCGGGGGGCCAACUCGAGAACUGCCGACGAACCUGAGCAACCCAGAAUCAUACCAUUGGCAGAUCUACCAGACGUUGGUGUGGAAGGGGCAAAGAAGGAGGAGGUGAUCAAGCUUCUCGGGGUUUACUUGGACCAAUCUUUGACAUGGGCCACGCACGUAAAGGAGGUUACCGAGAAGAUGGAAGCCAAGAUGCGCACCAUCUAUCGUAUUUCCGGCUCGACAUGGGGGCCCUCUCUCGCCAGCAUCAGACGCCUGUACAUCACAAGUGUCCGCCCGAUCGCCGCAUACGCCGCUCCCGUGUGGUUCCUUUAUCGAGACAACGAACGCAGGGUUCGCUGGCAGAUCAGCGUCAAUUUGGUCACGAAGCUCGACAAGGCACAGGCGGCGUGUCUCCGACAGGUCGCCGGCGCUUACCAGACCACAGCGAACGCGGUCGUCCACCAGGAACUUAAUGUCCCGCCGCUUUCUCUAUUCCUUGAGAAGCUCGGCCAGAAACAUCGCACUCGCAAUCUUGACACCCCGGAAUACGGUUCUCUCGAUACCGUGUGGGGAACCGGUACCAUGCCGAAGACCCUAAGCGCAGCGAACAACGUAGCACACCCAUACCGCAUCCUCUACAAAUUCACGGCCGCUUCUAUUGAUUUCGCGGCCCGGAAGCAACUCAUCGAACUCAACGAGAAGCGAGCUACGAAAACAGACCGGCGCGGUUUUCCGCUACCGAAGUUAACGUGGCGGAACUUCCUUGACCGACAGCAAGUGCGGGGCAAAGUCAUCAACGACAAACUUCAGGAGGCAUGCGCGCGGUACUGGCAGAACUACCUUGACGCUCGCCAAGACCGAAGGGAGGAUCAGACCGAGCCAAACCUUCGCAUCGCCAACCACCGUCCUCUCUCCCUCUCGGAAAAAUGGGGCCCAGCCAGCUUGAAAUACUAUGCCAAGCUCACGCGUGCUGAGAGCACCAUGUUGUUCCACCUUAGGACUGGUGUCGUGGGACUCAAGUCCUACCUCUUCUCCAUCCAUGUUCGCGACAUCGUCGACGACCUCUGCCCGUGCAAGCAGGGCAAGCACACCGUCGAGCAUGUCUUCAUCCACUGCCCUGCUUUGUUAGCUGAGCGGACACUGCUCUAUGAGCAAGUCGGUCACCAUGGUUUGAAGAAGUUGCUGACGCGUGAUUCCAAGGCUGCUGCCGCGUGGGCUAUCCGCUACCUAUCCAUUGAACAAUUUGGCUUGACUGGGCGGCAAACACCCGACAAAAUCUUCCAAAAGAGAGAUGGAGCGUGA